UGAAACUGCAUAAAGUAGGCCUCCGCUUUUAUGGUGCCAUAGCCUGCUUCUGGAGAGACUCUUGGAUCUAAGAAUCCAUCUGCAUCAGCAGAGCUCGUCCGCAGGCUGCGUCCUCACAGAGAGCCUGCACCAGGAUGGGUGCUCUCCCGGCGACAAGGAUGUUAUGGAUUCUCAUCUUUUGUGGAAUAACAUUAGUUUACGGUUCAAACGUCUGCACCUCCAGAGGGGCCAGCACAUGCAAGCAGUGUCUGGCCGUUCACCCCAGCUGCGCAUGGUGCUUACAAGAGGACUUUGGCCAGGGUGUUGCCAGUUCUUCCCGCUGUGAUUUAAAAGGUAACCUUGUGGCAGCCGGUUGUGCUCUGUCAGCUCUGGAGUCUCCAAACAGCAAACUUCAAGUGAUUGAGGACCGGCCCCUCAGCAACAAGGCAGCGGGAGCCACACAGGACGUAACCCAGAUCAAACCCCAAAAACUGAGCAUCACCCUCAGGCCAGAUGAUGCAAAGCGCUUUACAGUGAAAGUGCGUCAGGUAGAGGACUACCCUGUGGAUCUUUACUACCUCAUGGAUCUCUCCUACUCCAUGAACGAUGACCUCUUCCGUCUGAGGACUCUGGGUAGGGGUCUGGCAGAGGCCAUGAAUCGCACCACCAGCAACCUCCGCAUGGGCUUUGGGGCCUUCGUGGACAAGCCGCUUUCACCCUACAUGUACAUCUCCCCCAAAGAGGCUGUAAAGAAUCCCUGCUUCAGCAUCAACACCACCUGUCUGCCCCAGUUUGGCUACAAACACGUUCUGUCUCUGACGGAGGAGGUGGGCCGCUUCACAGAGGAGGUGAAGAAGCAGAUGGUCUCAAGGAACCGAGAUGCCCCGGAGGGAGGCUUUGAUGCCAUCAUCCAGGCCGCUGUGUGCAAGGAACAGAUUGGUUGGCGUCCCGGUGCAUCCCACCUUCUGAUCUUCACCUCUGAUGCUAAGACCCACCAAGCUCUGGACGGUCGUCUGUCUGGAAUCGUACAGCCCCACGAUGGAAAGUGUCACCUCAACUCUGACAAUAUGUAUAACAUGUCCACCAUCAUGGAUUACCCGUCUCUCGCUCUGAUCACAGAGAAGAUGUCAGAGAACAACAUCAACCUCAUCUUUGCCGUCACCAACCCUGUAGUUCCUCUGUACCAGAACUACAGUGAGCUGAUUCCUGGCACCACAGUCGGAAUACUGUCAAACGACUCUGGCAAUGUUAUUCAGCUCAUACUGAAGGCCUACGCUAAAAUCCGUUCCAAGGUGGAGUUGGAGCUUCAAGGAGUUCCUGAGGAGCUGUCCCUGUCCUUCAAUGCCACAUGUCUGAAUGGAGAGCUCAUCCCUGGCCUUAAAUCCUGCUCUGGAAUCAAGAUAGGAGACACGGUCUCUUUCAGCGUGGAAGCCAGAGCUCGUGGCUGCCCCAAACAGAAGAAAAAAACCUUCAUCAUUAAACCUGUGGGCUUUAAGGAUUCCCUCUCCAUCACUGUCACCUUUGAGUGCGACUGUAAGUGUCAGAGCAAAGCCCAGCCCGACAGCCCUAAGUGUAACCACGGAAAUGGCACCUACGAGUGCGGCAUCUGCCAAUGCCACCCGGGCCGCUUGGGGCCGCACUGCGAGUGUGCAGAGGGGGAUUAUAACCCCACAGAGCAGGACCGCUGCAGCGGACCUGCGGGCUCCGGAGGUCCUCAGUCUGCCAUCUGCAGUGGCCGUGGAGACUGUGUGUGCGGCCAGUGUGUGUGCCACAGCAGCGACUUUGGAAAGGUGUGGGGAAAGCUGUGUGAGUGUGACGACUUCAACUGCCUUCGCUACAAGGGGGAACUAUGCUCAGGCCAUGGCGUCUGUAACUGUGGCUUCUGCCAGUGUGCACCAGACUGGCAGGGUGAGAACUGUAACUGCUCCAGACGCACUGACACCUGCAUGUCCAACGUGGGUCUGCUGUGCAGCGGGAGGGGCCAGUGUGUAUGUGGGGCUUGUGAGUGCACACAGCCGGGUGCUUAUGGAGCCACAUGUGACAAAUGCCCCACCUGCCCUGAUGCCUGCACCAUGAAGAAAGAGUGUGUGGAGUGUAAGCACUUCAAGAGGGGAAGGCUGUUUGAGGAUAACACCUGCUCUAGAAUCUGCAAGGACGAAAUUAGGCUGGUGGACGAAUUAGUGCUCCAUGAUACAAAUGCUGUGAACUGCACUUACAAGGAUGAGGAUGAUUGCCUGGAGCGUUUCCAGUAUUAUGAGGACACCAGUGGCAAGUCUAUAUUGUUUGUCGUCAAAGAGCCAGACUGCCCCAAGGGUCCAGACGUUUUGGUGGUGCUUCUAUCUGUGGCUGGAGCCAUCCUCUUUCUCGGGCUGGCGGCUCUGCUUAUCUGGAAACUACUUGUCACAAUCCAUGACAGACGGGAGUUCGCCAAAUUUGAGGAAGAACGCGCUCGUGCCAAAUGGGACACGGGACACAACCCGCUCUACAAAGGAGCCACAUCUACCUUCACAAACAUCACAUACAGAGGGAAAGACUGACGCAGCUGAACAAGGACAAAAGAACAGACAUUUGCUGUCCUUUGUGGAAAGGCACCCAAUCAUGUGCAGGCCUCUACUGUCCCAAGAUAACAAUGAAUAAUUAUAUGUGUUUGUAAAUAUGUAGAAAAAUGAUUUUUUUUGGACACAAUUUGUCGGGCAUUUGUCAUAAACACCCACUUGUACCCUGAUAAAUGAGACUUCUACCUAUACACAUCCCAGCCAUGUUUGUAGUUUUUGUUUGCGCUGCUUUUACACAGCCCCCCCCAAAGGCUGUAAAUGUUAUUUUUUCACACAACUGCAACUUCUGUUUUCAGUUGUCAAUACUUUAGGAAACCCAUAGACUUUGCUGUGAAAAGUAUUUUUUUUUACCAUUAGUAUGAAACAACUUAAUACAACUUUUGUAAAGUGAUGCAGUUUAUUUAUUGAAUCAUUGAAGUCAGGGGGAGAACAAAUUGAGUCAUCUUACACAACAGCAUUUAUUUUCUGUUCAUGAUUUGUGGAUUUGGUGUUUGUGGUUUUCAUUUGGAUCGUGGCAUUGGCUGAUAAUCUGUCUUUUGGUCAAAUGACGAGCCGGACAUACAGUGUGGUUUAAAGUAAAAGUUAGAAUUUACAAAAAAAAAAAAAAAUGGUGCAUUUAUUUUGUGUUGACUAAAUAAGGAGCAUUAUUCAGCAAUGCCUUCUUGAAGUUGAGUCUAAGCCUUCUGAAACUCAAUUUCACCAAAAAAAAUACACCACGACAAAGAACUAGUGUGCUCAGGCUGACAUCACUCUGUGGUGGGUGAAAAUGAUUGAAACAUGAUGUGGUUUAAUAGUAACUAGUAUCUUAAGGAAAUGCUCCAAUUUAGUUAUUCAAAACCACAAAUUCAGUCACUAAAGAUGAGAAAGGGACAUCCCAACUAAAUUUGACCUUAGUGCGCAGGGGCCGCAAUGCUCUGCCUCCAUCUCCUGGAUUUAAGCUGCAAGUGUAGAUCACUGGUCUUUCCAACAUGUGCAAAGUGAUUCACAUAAAAAUGACACUAAGAUUUGAAUUAAGAGGAACAAUACAAUGCAAAGUAGAGGCAAACCAAACAGAGGAGUGCAAAUUUUAUUUUUGUGUUCUCCGAAUUGUUUAUGGACCAGUAUCCGGAGGAUGAUGUGAAACCAAAACGUGCCAUAUACUGCAGAUGUUUUUUUGUGUGUGGAGGAGGAAGAAGGUCCUUUACUGUAAACCUACAGCUGCAUUAAGGAGCGGGCCCCUAUGUCCUCUUCCUCUUCUCUAAUUAAACAUUCAUCAAAAAAUGAUCUAUGCUAUUUAAACUUAAUGGGCAUAACAAGACAAUAACAAUACCUGCAAAUGCUAAAAAAAAAUAAUAAGACUAAAGUUGUCAUCAUACGAGAAUUUUAAA